AUGGCGACGAAGAGAAGCGUAGGAACAUUGAAGGAAGCUGAUCUGAAGGGAAAGAGCGUGUUCGUGAGUGUUGAUCUCAGCGUUCCUUUGGAUGAUAACUCCAACAUCACUGAUGACACUAGGAUCCGCGCCGCUGUUCCCACCAUCAAGUACUUGAUGGGUAACGGAUCUAGGGUUCUUCUCUGCAGUCACUUGGGUCGCCGUGUUACCCCUAAGUUUAGCUUAAAGAUUCUUGUGCCGAGAUUGUCUGAGCUUCUUGGUGUUGAGGUUGUGAUGGCAAAUAACUCUAUUGGUGAGGAAGUCCAGAAACUAGUUGCAGCACUACCUGAAGGAGGUGUUCUUCUCUUGGAGAACGUGAGGUUCUACAAGGAAGAAGAAAAGAAUGACCCUGAAUUCGCAAAGAAGCUUGCUGCCCUUGCUGAUCUCUAUCAAGGUAACAACAGUUUGUGUCUGAGCAAAAAAGACACUGUAGAUGUCAUCAGCAUGCUGCAUGCUGAUGACAUCUCUUGA